GAGAUUGGACUGUUUCCCCACUGACAUAUGUCUCUUCACACUUUUAUAACUUAACUCUCUCAACUGAAUGUAAAAGAUAUCAGAUGGAGAUGAGAGACAGUGUUAUUUAUUCCAUGUUAGAGUUGUCCACAGCAACUCGAGCCCGGAAUGACUACAGACCUCAGCAAAAAGCUUCUUCUUCCAGAUCUUCUAUUUCUUGCCUUGUGACAGUAACUUUGGGUCUUCUGACUGCAAUUCUUAUGAGUUUUCUGCUUUAUAAAUGGAUUCUGUGCCAGGGCUCCAAUUACCCUACUUGUGCCAGGUGUCCUAGCUGCCCAGACCUCUGGAUGAGAUAUGGUAACCACUGCUAUUACAUCUCAGCGGAGAAAAAGAGCUGGAAUUCUAGUAUGGAAUUCUGCUUAGCCAAAGACUCACAUCUUCUGAUGUUUACGGACAACCAGGAAAUGAGCCUGCUCAAAAAUUCCCUCAAUGAGAACUUUUACUGGAUUGGUCUGAGGAAUGAUUCUGGCUGGAGGUGGGCAGAUGGAUCAGUUCUCAACUUGUCAAGGGUUAUUUCUAAUAGCUUGGUACAGAAUUGUGGUGCUGUCAACAAAGAUGGUCUCCAAGCCUCGAGCUGUGAAGUCCCCUUACAGUGGGUUUGUAAGAAGGUCAGACUUUGAGGGAUGACCACUCUGUCCUGACCCUCCGAUCUAUCAUGUAUCCCUAAAAAGAGGGAGUUGGCCACUGCAUGUUGGGACAGCUAUGGCUAUGUA